AUCCCCUCCACACCAGACGCUAGCCUUGGUCCCUCCAGCAUAUUUUUGCAGUUCGAACACUUCUCCAUCUUUUUGCCUUGUCCACUGCUUCAUUGUCCAUACUCUGACCGCAACUGGGCUGUCGAGUGCUUGCGAAGGCAGCCACCCCCGAAAUGGCGCUGUACGGAUCCUCGCGCAAUGUGGACAUGGGGAAGCAGGAGUCGGAUCUGGCCAUCAACAUCCGCAAGGCAACAAGCAUUGAUGAGACAGCGCCGAAGCGGAAGCAUGUCCGCAGCUGCAUUGUGUAUACCUGGGACCACAAGAACUCGGGCUCCUUUUGGCAAGGCAUGAAGGUACAACCAAUCCUUGCCGACGAGGUGCAGACCUUCAAGGCCCUCAUCACCAUCCACAAAGUCCUUCAAGAAGGCCACCCCAUCGUUCUCAAGGAGGCGCAGGCGAACGUGAACUGGUUGGAGAGCUUGACGAGGGGCGUUGCAGGCGGUGAGGGGUUGCGCGGCUACGGACCACUCAUUCAGGAGUAUAUUUACUUCCUCCUCGCCAAGCUCGCUUUCCACCGGCAGCACCCCGAGUUCAACGGGACAUUCGAAUAUGAGGAGUACAUCAGUCUGAAGUCCAUCAAUGACCCGAAUGAGGGUUAUGAGACGAUCUCUGACUUGAUGACGCUCCAAGAUCAGAUCGACGCAUUCCAGAAGCUCAUCUUCUCGCAUUUCCGAAGCGGCGCCAACAACGAAUGCCGGAUAUCUGCGCUUGUGCCCCUGGUGCAGGAGAGCUAUGGCAUCUACAAAUUUAUAACCAGCAUGUUGCGUGCUAUGCACACCACGCUUGGCGAUGAUGAAGCACUUUCCCCUUUACGUGGUCGAUAUGACGCUCAGCACUACCGCUUGGUGAAGUUUUACUAUGAAUGCUCGAAUUUGAGGUACCUGACUAGCUUGAUUACGGUGCCAAAACUACCGCAGGACCCGCCAAAUCUGCUCUCUGAGGACGAUGAGAGGGCUCCAGCAUUACCUGCCCGGCCCAAAAACGAAGAACCGCCGCCCCCUCCUCGAGCUCCGUCUGUAGAUCCCGAACCGAUCAAUGAGUUUUGGAAGAAUGAUCAGAGGAGGCAGCAAGAGGAGUACGAGAAUGAACAGCGGAGGCUCCAAGAGCAAUGGGAGGUGGCCCAACGUCAACAGCAAGAAGCUGCUCUCCGUGCUCAGCGAGAUUUCGAAGAGCAACAGAGGCUGCAGGCUGAACAAGCCCGUCUAGCCCAAGAACAACUUUUAAGGGACCAGUAUCAACAACAGACCCAAGGCCGCCUCGCCGAACUUGAGCGAGAGAACCUCAAUGCCCGAGCCCAGUACGAGCGCGACCAGCUGAUGUUGCAGCAAUACGACCAGAGAAUGAAAGCUUUGGAGGGAGAAAUAAAUCAAAUGAACGCGAACUUUCAACAGCAGAUGGGAUCACGCGAUGAUCAAAUACGAGCUCUUCAGGAACAGCUUAACACUUGGAGGUCGAAGUACGAGUCUCUUGCCAAGCUCUACUCACAGCUACGGCAUGAGCAUCUUCAGCUGUUGCAGAAAUUCAAGUCUGUGCAGCUCAAGGCUAAUUCAGCCCAGGAGGCAAUGGAUGGCCGAGAGAAGCUGGCUCGAGAGCUGAAGACGAAGAAUCUGGAAUUGGCAGAUAUGAUCCGAGAGCGAGACCGAGCUCUUUUAGACAAAGACCGAAGCACCGGCGGCCAUCGCGAGGAGCUCGAGAAGCUCAAGCGUGAGCUUCGCUUCGCAUUAGAGAAGGCCGACAACGCAGAGAAAAGCAAGAGCUCAGAGCUUUCAACCAUUCUUUUUAGGCACAACAGAGAAAUCGCAGACCUGGAAGAGACACUGAGAAACAAGACUCGUGCGCUCGAUGACAUGCACAUGAAGUACCGAGAAGGCGACUCCGACCUUGAACGUCAACUCCGUGAGAAGGAAGAGGAAUUAGAGAUUUUUAGGGCCGGCAUGGACCAAACUCUGCUCGAGCUCAACGAACUGAAGCUAUCACAGAACGCCAACGACAGCGCCAUUGAUGGUCAACUUGACUCCUUUAUUCAAGAGAGCCUCCAAAAGAUCAACGACAUCAUUGACUCAGUCCUACAGAGCGGCGUACAGCGAGUCGAUGACGCAAUCUACGAACUGGAUUCUUCAAUGCAAGCUGGUAAUCAAAACGCAUCUGGCCCGUAUGUGUUGUCACAGAUCGAGAAAGCGCAAACCUGCGCUACAGAGUUUGCAACGGCCUUUAACAACUUCAUUGCUGACGGACCUAACGCAACACACACAGAGGUCAUCAAGACCGUGAAUACAUUCGCUGGCUCCAUCGCUGAUGUUCUUAGCAACACUAAGGGUCUUACUCGAUUUGCUUCGGAUGAGAAUAAGGCCGAUCAACUUAUCAACGGCGCUAGACAGUCUGCCAACUCUACUGUCAAGUUCUUCCGCAAUCUCCAGUCUGUACGUUUGUAUGACCUCGAUACGGACCGGAAAUUCGACGUUGUUUUGAACAGCAACACUGAAGUUUUACGGUACCUCCAGAACCUCACCAAGUUGGCGGAUGCUUUCGCGCCAAAGAGCAAGAUCACACAGGCUCAGGGUGACCUUGGAGACUUAGUCGACAGCGAAUUGACUAAGGCUGCCAACGCCAUCGAUGCCGCCACAGAGCGCCUCACAAAGCUUAUGAAGAAGCCAAGGGAUCAAUACUCCACUUACGAACUCAAGAUCCACGACUCCAUCCUCGAAGCUGCCAUCGCUGUCACAAACGCCAUUGCUCAGCUCAUCAAGGCCGCCACUGCCUCCCAACAAGAAAUUGUGCGCGAGGGCCGCGGCACCAUGACGCGUACAGCCUUCUACAAGAAGCACAACCGCUGGACCGAAGGUCUCAUCAGCGCCGCCAAAGCCGUUGCCUCGUCGACAAACACGCUCAUCGAAACCGCCGACGGCGUCAUCUCGGGUCGUAACUCUCCUGAACAGCUCAUAGUGGCUUCCAACGACGUCGCGGCCUCCACAGCACAGCUUGUGGCAGCUAGCAGGGUCAAGGCAAGCUUCAUGAGCAAGAGCCAAGAUCGACUCGAGACGGCAUCGAAAGCGGUAACGGGCGCUUGCCGUGCGCUUGUGAGGCAGGUGCAGGAUAUCAUUUCUAAGAAGAAUUUGGAAGAUAAUGAGGCGGUGGAUUAUACUAAGUUGAGUGAUCAUGAGUUUAAGGUUAGACAAAUGGAACAACAGGUCGAGAUCUUGCAACUCGAAAACGCUCUAGGGCAGGCGAGGACAAGGCUUGGUGAGAUGCGGAAGUUAUCGUAUCUGGAAGAGUAAGCCUGUGGUUAUGGGAUGGAUAGAUAUGUAUCCGUCUUUCGUAAAAGGUUAUUGCUACCCACAACAGUACAAGAUCACUCGGGGUUCUAAUAGUAUCUUUCUCCUGGCUAUCUAGCUGAUAUCUCGGGAAGUAGUGGGUUGAAGUAGUUUCGCUUGGUUUGAUGGGAUGGAUGGAUGGAUGGAGGAUGGAUGGAUGGCUUUUUGCGUCAAUACCACUUCUGCUCCUUGGUAAGAUUUAAAUAGUUUAUUGGGUGCAGAUUGAGGAUUGUAGGAAAUUCAUGUAUCUGGUUUUCAAAAUAUGUUAAGGGAUUUACGGGUGGUGAAGCAAAAUAUAUAC